AUGGCUUAUGGUGGCAAAUUCUAUCAGCAUUGCUGGGAGAUUAUUAAACAGAUCUCUUCAAUUGAUGGCAGUGCUCUAGGAAACCCUGGAAAAAUAGGAGCAGGGAUCAUCAUCAGAGACCACAAUGGGAAUUUCAUCCAUGCUAUUUCUUCCCCCUUGGGAACUGGCACCAACAACCAAGCUGAAGUACAAGCUGCCCAUAUUGGUCUGUCAUGGUGUAUAGAACAGGGGUAUACCAAGAUUCAUCUGGAGGCAGACUCUAGCAUCCUUAUCCAUUGGUUAACCAAUAACACCACCACUCCAUGGAACAUGUUCACUUAUGUCCAAAAGCUCAAAGACAUGUGCAACCUCUGUGAGGAAAUUACCUUUACCCAUGUCUUCAGAGAAGCCAAUUACCCUGCUGACUCCUUAUCUAAACUCAGUCACACACUUACCUCCCUUAUCCAUUACCAACAGCUGGAGAGCCUUCCUUCAUCAAUCAGAGGUCAGAUUCUACAGGACCAAAAUGGAACACCUUCUUUCAGACACAAGCUGACCAAAAAGAUUCAGCUUCCACCUCACAUGUCCCAUUUCUACUCCCAUGUCCAUGACUAG